AUGAAGGGUAUAGAUGGAGAUAUUAAAAAACCUGAGACUAUAUUAAGAGGCCAUCGAAUUGAUCUGAAAAGGCGCAGUGAAAUCGCAAAACAAGUCCGACUUCUAAAACUGAAAAAGAAAUCUUACCGAGAUAAAAAUGCAAUUGUUUCACUCAAUACCAUCUUCAAAAAAUCGAAACAGCUGGACUUGGAUCUUAAGAGAACCAAAGCCCAAGAGAAAAAGCCUAAAGUCAAUCCACCAAAGGAAUACAAACUACUUUUUGUUGUUCGGAAUUCUAGAAAUGUCGAAUCGCAAAUUUGUAAAGAUAUUUUAAAGACCAUUGGAUUAACGAGAAUAAACACAGGUCGUUUUAUGAGUAAUUCAGUUUCCAAUUUGGACCUGAUAAAUAAGGUGUUGCCUUUUGUGUACUAUGGAACACCUACCCUAAAGCAUGUUAAGGAUUUGCUCCAUAAGAGGGGUACCAUUUAUCAGCAUAACAAGGCAGAGAUGAUUAGUGGGAAUUUAAUUAUUGAGGAGAAUUUUAGUAACUACGGCAUUUACAGCAUCGAUGAAUUAAUCGAAACUAUAUACAAGGGUUCCACUGGCUCUGAAGAUAUCCUGCUCAAGCUUGGACCCAUAAACUUAUCCAAUUUAAACAUUUACAGCAGGUUUCACACCAUUUAUUUAUACAAUUAUAAUUCUCUAAUUACAGAUACUUUGAGGAUAACCAUAAGUAUGGAAACACGAACAUUAACAACUUACUAA